UAAUGUAUAAGUUCUUGUAAUGCUAAGUAAAUGCAUAAUUAAAACAACGAUUGCAUUCCAAACAACCACCAAACAAAAAAAGAUAGAAGGAGGAAAGAGCUGUUUAUUGGAAAUUAACUUAUAAAUUCAUUCAAAAUGAUGCUCUCAAGAGCAAAGCCGGCCAUUGGGCCUGGCUCAACAACACCAGCAAAAGAAAACAAGAAAAAGAAACAGAUGCCAAAAGUUGAAGAUUUCUUAAAUUUGAGAGACUACACUGGAGCAAUUACAUUGCUGGAGUUUAACAGAAAUAGUGGAAAAGGUAACGAAGAGACUGACAUGUGGAUCGCAUACUGUGCAUUUCAUUUGGGAGAUUAUAAAAGAACUAUGGAGGAGUUUGAGAGAAUGACAAGACGUGAUGGCUGUCAUCCAGAUGUGUGGGCAAACCUGGCCUGUUGCUACUUCUUCCUAGGAAUGUAUCCAGAGGCUGACAAUGCUUCUCAGCAAGGUCCAAAAAGUAAACUACAGAAUAGACUGUUGUUUCAUUUAUCGCACAAAUUCGGAGAUGAGAAGAGGUUAAUGGGUCACCAUCAGAGUCUUCAAGAUGUAAUAGAGGACCAACUCUCUCUAGCCUCAAUACACUAUUUGCGAAGUCAUUACCAGGAGGCCAUAGAUAUCUACAAAAGAAUACUUUUAGACAAUAGAGAUUUUUUGGCACUCAACGUCUAUGUUGCUUUGUGUUAUUACAAACUAGACUACUAUGACGUGUCACAGGAAGUUCUAGCAGUUUACCUCCAGCAGUACCCAGACAGUGCUAUUGCUCUGAAUCUCAAAGCCUGCAAUCAUUUCAGACUCUACAAUGGCAAGGCUGCAGAAGCAGAGUUAAAGAGUCUUCAAGAGAUGUCCUCCCCUUCCUUUGUGUUUGCCAGAGAUCUGAUCAAACAUAAUCUGGUGGUGUUCCGAGGGGGUGAGGGAGCGCUGCAGGUUUUACCUCCACUUAUUGAUGUCAUACCAGAGGCCAGACUUAACCUAGUCAUCUACUACCUUAAACAAGAUGACAUAGCAGAAGCUUACAACCUAAUAAAAGAUCUGGAACCCACCACUCCUCAGGAGUACAUUCUGAAAGGUGUGGUCAAUGCAGCCCUUGGACAAGAGCAAGGCUCUAGAGAACAUCUCAAAAUAGCUCAGCAGUACUUUCAAUUGGUGGGAGGCUCUGCCAGCGAGUGUGAUACUAUACCUGGUCGACAGUGCAUGUCCUCAUGUUUCUUUCUGUUAAAGCAGUUUGAAGACGUACUAAUCUAUCUUAACUCGAUCAAGAGCUACUUUUACAAUGAUGACAGUUUCAACUUUAACUAUGCUCAAGCCAAGGCUGCAGUAGGAAAUUUCAAAGAAGCAGAAGAGGUAUUCUUGCUGAUUCAGAGUGAAAAGAUUAAGAAUGACUACACGUAUCUAAGUUGGCUUGCUCGAUGUUACAUCAUGAACAGGAAGUCUCGGCUGGCAUGGGAGCUGUAUCUCAAGAUGGAGACAUCAGGGGAGUCCUUCAGCUUGCUACAGCUCAUAGCAAACGACUGCUACAAGAUGGGACAGUUCUACUAUGCAGCCAAGGCCUUUGAUGUUCUGGAGAGACUAGACCCCAAUCCUGAAUACUGGGAGGGGAAGAGAGGAGCCUGUGUGGGCGUUUUCCAGAUGAUCAUUGCAGGACAUGAGCCCAGAGACAAAUUACAGGAAGUUGUUCAAUUACUCAGAAACACUAGCAACCCCCAAGUUGAAUACAUAACUCGCACCAUGAAAAAGUGGGCUCGUGACAAUCAAGUCAACAUUCAGUCCUAGUCCAACAACUCUAACGUUAGAAUUUUAAAUAGGGAUACACUGAGGGAUGUAAUCAACAUGCUCCGAAACACCAGUAAUCCACAGGUGGAAUACAUCAUCCGUACCAUGAAGAAGUGGGCCAAGGAAAAUCUUGUUCCACUUCCCUAGUUUUGCCCUUUCUUUUAACAUUGUAGACUAACACUCCGUUCAAUUCAACAGCACUCUGAACAUCAGCCUGUAGUUUUCUGGUUCUAGAUUUAAAACCAUCAUAACUAAGCAAUUGAUGUAUGAUGCAUAUGUAUGUAAAUGACUGCAUGUCUAUUAGCAUGUGAUGUUUGCACUAUAUUGAGUGAAAAUAUUUUGUUGUAAGUCAUGCUUAAAUUCCUUAUUGGAAAGUCAUUCAACACUAACUGGAAGGGGGGGGGACUGAUUGUGCUUGCAUCGGAGAUAUUACUUCAGUGGAUUUCAGUGUCUGUUUAUUUUUAAACAAGAAAAGGAUUAGGUAAAUAUUACAAGCAUUUGUAAUUCAUGAAUUCUUAAACAUAUAGAACAUGAAUUUUCCGUCCAUUGGUGAACAUUUGUUAUAUUUGACUUUUAUAUGCUGUACAGAAAACUUUACUGGAUAAUUUAAGAAUAAAUCUAUUUAUGAUUAA